GGAGAGAUGGCUGACGACGAGGCCAAGACCGCCACCAUCACGCUCGUGGGUAAGUGGAAGAAGGAAGAGAUGCGCCUGGACGUGGGGCCAUCGGCGACGAUCCUUGAUGUCAAGCAGCGCAUCCAGGCCAUCACGGGUAUCCAGCCUGCGCGGCAGAAGCUCGUCGGUCUGAACGUCCAUGGAAGGCCAGCUGGCGACAACGUACGCCUUGGCGACAUGACUCUCAAGCACCCGCAAAAGUUCAUGCUCAUUGGUACCAAGGAAAGCGAAGUGUUUGUGGACCCAGAUGCCCUUCCGGCUUGCGCCCUACCGCCCGUUUUUUCCGACUUUAACUGCGCGUUUGCGCCCACCUCGGCGCAAUGGCACAGCGCAAAAGAGAACAACCUUGCCCUCGCGAGCGCCAUUGCAACGGCGCAGAUCCAUGUCAUGCACCCGCCCCGUCCGUCCAAGAAACUGCUCGUACUCGACCUUGAUCAUACCCUCAUGGAUAUAAGCGCGACAAAGGGCAAUGGCAUUCCGAGCAGUCGGUUCAUGCGGCCGUUUAUGCACACAUUCUUGAGCGCCGUGUGGUCGCAUUUCGACGUGUGUAUUUGGUCGCAGACGUCGUGGAAGUGGAUCGAGAUUAAGCUCACAGAGCUUGGCAUGCUCACGACGCCAGACUACCGCAUCAACUUUAUCCUGGACAAGACAAACAUGUUUAGCUACCACUCCUCGAUGGAUGAUUCAACGACAAAGAAGCGUAAGAGCAAAGUCAAGGCGCUUGAGAUCAUAUGGAGCCACUUUCCCGGUCUGUGGCACGCACGCAACACGGUACAUGUCGAUGAUCUGCCUCAUAACUUCAACUUGAACCCGCGCAACGGCAUUCCGAUUACGCGCUACGACUGCACUGACGAGGCUGCGACGCGGGACGCAGAGCUCUUGCAUCUCGCCACGUACCUGCAGAGCGUGGUCGCGCCUGCCGACGAUGUGACGUCGCUCGAUCUUGCGUCGUGGCGUGACCAUGAAACAUCCAAAUAAAUAUGUUGAUCAACUCCCG